AUGACUCAAUGGUUUCCAGAACAUAAACCAAUUUAUGAUUUAAAUAAGAGUUGGGAAUACAAUUUAGAGAAUGGACCAUUUGUAGAAGGGUUUGUAAAGCAAGAACGUAAAUGGGCACCAAAGGAGAAGUGGAUUGACUUUUUAGGUGUUUGCAAGGUUGCUUCACCGUUGGGUGUACCUGCAGGACCAUUGCUCAACUCUGCUUGGAUUGAUUUUGCUGCACAAGCAGGUUUUGAUAUCCUCACCUACAAGACUAUUAGAUCCAACCCAUAUAACGGACACGCAGUCCCCAACAUUGUCUAUAUCGACGUUGAAAAGGGUCACCAGUUUAGUGCUGCCGACUCGGGCAUCACCGUCAAGACAUCGCCAACCACCCCAACCGAUAUGGACUCGUUGUCUAUCACCAACUCGUUUGGUAUGCCCUCCAAAGACCGUGAAUACUUGUUACAAGAUAUCAAGAAAGCUAAUGGUUUGUUGGCAGAUGGACAAGUCAUGAUUGUAUCGGUGACAGGUACAUCACACUCGGCACACGAGUUUGUUAAGGAUAUGGUCGAUGUUGCUAGAAUCGCUGUAGAGGCCGGAUCAAAGGUUGUAGAGGUAAAUUAUAGCUGUCCAAACGUUGUGACUGGUGAAGGUCAAAUCUACAACAAUCCAGACCAAGUCUAUGAAAUCUCAAAGGCUUUGGUCUCAGAGUUACAACCACACAACAUUCCACUCGUCAUCAAGGUUGGUGUACUCGAAGACAAAAACAAGAUGGAAAAGCUUAUGCUUCAAGCACACCGUGCCGGUGUCACUGCUAUUGCCGGUAUCAACACCAUGUCGAUGAAGGUUAUUGAUCGUGACACCAACGAACCUGCACUCGGACCAGGCAGACUCUCAAGCGGUGUUUGUGGCGCUCCUAUCCGUCAGACUGCCAUCGACUGGAUCUCCCAAGCCCGUCAAGUCAUCGACCAACACAAACUCCCUCUUCAACUCAUCGGUUGUGGUGGUAUUGUCCAACCACAACACUUUGACGACUUUUUAAAUGCUGGUGCCAACUUUUGUACAAGUGCUACUGGUCUCAUGUGGGAUCCAUAUCUUGCUUUGAAAUGGCAUAAUAUGAAAAAUUAG